UUUGCAAACACCUUGUUGUGAAAUCUCACAUAAACAACAUGGCUUCCUCAACUUCAGCCUUCUUCUUUCUCCUAGCAUCCAUGCUCAUCAAUAGCAAUACGUGCCUCGGUGCACGUAUUCUGGCGGAGGUUUCUCCGGUCCCAACCGCUCCUAUCCUUCCCGGACACACACUUCCUCCGUCGCCUCCUGCCGCACCUGAACCGUCACCCCUAAUUCCUUGGGUCCCAGGUUUUCCAAAUACUCCCGAAAAUGUUUUUCCGCCGUCAUCAUCACCACCGUCGCCGUCUGUUUCCAAAUCAUCGCCUGUCGAAAUACAACCGCCUCCGUUUCCUCGAGUCCCAGAUUCCCCUGCAUUUCCUAAGAAUCCAUUACCUCCACAACCUCCUCUGAUCCCUGAAGUACCAGACCUGCCCACUUUUCCGCAACCUGGAAGUGCACUUCCGCCAUUUGCUCCGUCUGUGCCGAAACUGCCUCCUAUUGUGACACGACCUCCUCCGAUUCCUGGAGCCCCAGAGGCUCCCACCUUCCCAGGCCACACAAUUCCACCAUGGUCAUCACCGUCUGUUCCAAAAUUGCCUCCUACUGUAACGCGCCCUCCUCCGAUUCCCGGAGUCCCAGAUGCUCCCGUCUUGCCUGGACACACAAUUCCGCCGUUGUCAUCGCCGUCUGUACCCAAACUGCCUCCCAUCAUAGGGCGGCGGCCUCCAAUUCCUGGAGCCCCAGAUGCUCCCACCUUUCCUGGACAAACGAUUCCACCAUGGUCAUCGCCGUCUGUGCCCAAGUUGCCUCCCAUUGUCACACGUCCUCCUCCGACCCCUGGAGUCCCAGCCGCUCCCACAUUGCCCGGAGACAUGAAGCCACCGUCGUCAUCGCCAUCUACGCACAAAUAAUUUCCUCCUGCUGUGCCACGGCCUCCCCCGAUUCCCAGGCGUACGCUUCCACGGACACAUUUAGUUGAUAUGGGUUUCUAGUAGAAUUACGUUCAAUAAACUGCGAGAGAUCGGCUCGCUAUUUAUCUACAUUGUUGUAAUGGAUUGUGUACUACAAUUUGUUGUUGGAGGAUGAUCAUUACUCCUCUGCGCUUUUAUGUAUUGUAUUUCCACAUUAAAUUUCA